AUCGUCGCGGGCUUGUGUACGAUCGUGUCCAUCGCCAUGUCGCUCCACCUCAUCCGGAGCCACCUGCGGAACUACGUGAAGCCCCAGCGGCAGCGCUACGUGAUCCGCAUCCUCUGGAUGGUGCCCAUCUACGCCGUGGACUCGUUCCUGUCGCUCUGCUUCAUCCGCGUGGCCAUCCUCUUCGAGGUGCCGCGCGACGUCUACGAGAGCUACGUCAUCUACAACUUCGUCGCGCUGCUCAUCGACUACAUGGGCGGCGAGGACGCCGCGCAGGCGUUCUUCGCCGCGCAGCCGCCCCAGAAGCACUGGUGGCCCUUCGGGUGGAUGGGCGACCACGACAUGUCCGUCUUCCUCGCGACGUGCCGCCUCUGCACGCUCCAGUACUCCAUCGUGCGGCCGCUGACGGCCGUCUGCACGCUCUUCCUCUACUUCAGCGGCGACUACGACGACGCGGACCUGCGGUUCUCGGGGUCCUACCUCUGGCUCAUGCUCCUGAACAACUCGUCCGUGACGCUCGCGCUCUACUACCUCAUCUACUUCUACCACGCGAGCCUGCCCUGCGCGCCGCUCCAGCGGGGGCGGCCUUUGGCCAAAUUCCUCGCGGUCAAGGCCGUGGUCUUCUUCUGCUUCUGGCAGUACUGCGCCAUCUCCAUCCUCGUCGCGCUGGGCGUCAUCCGGCGCCAGCUGAGCCACCGGUCCGCGGACGCGACGACGACGGGCAUGAACGACUUCGUCGUCUGCGUCGAGAUGGCCGUGUUCUCCGUCGUCCACCUGGGCGUCUUCGGCUGGCGCGAG